AUGACAAUCCCUAUCUACGUAGCCGGCGUUGCAGUGCUGGGAUACUUCUUGUAUAGAUUAUUCUAUGGAACCGACAAACCACACAUCAAAGGCCUGCCUGAAGUUCCUGGACUUCCCUUGCUUGGAAGCUUGUACGAACUUGGCACGAACCAUCCAAAGGUAGCACAGCAAUGGGCGAAGAAGUAUGGCCCUGUCUUCCAGGUGAGAAUGGGAAACAAGAGAAUCGUAUUUGCAAACUCGUUCGACUCCAUUCGUCACCUCUGGAUCGUAAACCAAGCAGCCAUGAUUUCACGGCCUAUGCUCCAUACCUUCCAUAAAGUUGUCUCCUCCUCACAAGGUUUCACGAUUGGAACCUCCCCGUGGGACGAUUCCUGCAAAGCUCGCCGUAAGGCAGCUGCGACAGCCCUGAAUCGACCUGCUGUACAGUCAUACAUGCCCCUCAUCGACCUCGAAUCGACCGUCUCUAUCAAGGAACUUCUCCAGGACAGCAAAGGGGGAGAAAUCGAUCUCGAUCCCCGAGCAUAUUGGCAACGAUACGCUUUGAACACGUCUUUGACACUGAACUAUGGAUACCGUAUUGAUGGCAACAAGAACGCGCCACUACUUAAGGAGAUUGUCGAUGUCGAGAGGGGCAUAGGAUCACUCAGAUCGACAAGCAACAACUGGCAAGACUACAUUCCGUUGCUACGGCUGAUUCCAAGUAAAAACAACGAGGCUGAACACUUCCGAAAGAGGCGAGACGUAUACAUGGACAAGCUGCUCAGCAUAUUGGAAGAGAAGAUCAAGAACGGCACAGACAAGCCAUGUAUUACCGGCAACAUCCUUAAGGAUCCUGAGGCAAAGCUAAACAGAGCUGAAAUCACCUCUAUCGGCCUCUCCAUGGUCUCCGCAGGCCUCGACACCGUCCCCGGCAACCUGAUCAUGGGCAUCGCCUACCUAGCGACCCCCAAAGGUCAAACGAUCCAACAACGCGCAUACGAGGAAAUCAUGAAAGUGUACCCCAACAACGACGCCUGGGAGCGCUGCCUGGACGAAGAACGCGUGCCCUACAUCACGGCCUUGUACAAAGAAAUCCUGCGCUACUGGAUCGUCAUCCCCAUCUCCCUGCCCCGCGUUUCAAUCAAAGACAUUGAAUGGAACGGCACCGUCAUUCCGGCGGGAACCACCUUUUACAUGAACGCCUACGCCGGCAACUACGACCCAUCUCACUUCACCAACCCGGAGACUUUCGAUCCAGAGCGCUACCUCAACGUCCCCGAUGGCGCAGGAACACCGCACUACGGGUACGGCGCUGGCUCGCGCAUGUGCGUGGGCUCUCACUUGGCGAACCGUGAGCUGUUUACUGCGUUUGUCCGACUGAUUUCUGCGUUUGAAUUUACGCCGCCGGUUGAUCCGAGGGAUGAGCCUGUUCUGGAUUGUCUGGAGGCGAAUGCUCUGCCGACGAGUUUGACAAUGGAGCCAAAAUAUUUCAAGGUGGGGUUCAAGCCGAGGAAUAGGGAAUUGCUGGAUAAGUGGAUUAGGGAGAGUGAGGAGAGGACGAAGGAUUUGAAGUAA